AUGGCCAGUGCAAUGCAGUGGUUACCUAAUUUAAAAAAAAACAAUCCAAAUUACAACAUCAAAGAUGAAUAUUCAAAGAUGAUGAAUCAACUUGAAAAACCUCGUGAUACAAACACUGCUAAAUUUAAACCAACGAUUAAAAAUAAGAGCUCAACAAUAGUUGGUGGAUCAGAUGCAAUUAAAUUAAUAAAAUCAAAUGGAAAUAAUCAUUAUAUUGUUGCAACAAGAGACAUCAAAUCUGGUGAAUUUAUUUACAUCAAUAAACCAUUUGAAAUGAUCACUUCUGUUGGUAAAUGUUACACUACUUGUUGGCAUUGUUAUCGUCAAACAUGGUCUAGUGUAGCAUGUGAUAAAUGCUCGUGUAUUAUUUUUUGUUCACAAAAAUGUAAAGAUAUCGCUUGGAAUGAAUAUCAUGAUCUUGAAUGUUUAAUUUUGAGUCUUUUUUUGAAAUUGGACUUAAUGGAUGAUGAAGACAAGCCGCUAUACCACUUGACAAUUAAAAUUUUAUCAAAAGCACUUAAAGCCACUGGUGGUAUUGCAGAAUUGAAAAAAAAAAUUAAUGAUAUUGAUUCAAUGAAAGAUACAUCAAUGAUUUAUACUGAUGAUAUUUUUGAUGUUAAUACUCUUGAUAAUUUUUAUCGUCUUGAUUAUUACAAGCCAACAUCUGAUGAAUGUUCAUUUGAACGUGCAAUUGACAUUUCAGCAAUUGUCGAAACGUUUAGUAAAAUGACAAAUAUAUUUGGUCGAAAGUUGAGACCUGUUGAUUCAGUCAUUUUGGGAGGUUUGAUAUUCAGACAUCUAAUGAUUGUUGAACGUAAUGUUAUGCGUUACACUGAUGAUGUCUCAAAAAAUCUCUCUUUGACAUUUGCUGCUAUAAUGCCAAUUCGAGAAAUGUUCGUAAAGAAUUGUGAUCCUCAUGUCAACUGGUGCAACUGUGAACCGAAUGAUACAUUUUUAGCCCAAAGACCAAUUAAAAAAGGAGAAAAGAUAAGUAUAUCACUAGUUGGACGUUACCAGAAAGAUACAUUAUCUGAACGUCAAAUGAGACUUGAGGCAUUGGAUCUUAAGCCAUGCAAAUGUUCAACAUGUGUACAAAAUUUACCACUGUUGGAAAAUCUUCCAUCUUACAAGAGCUUAAAGUUAUCAAAACAAGUUCAACAGGAAUUGGAUUGUAUCGUGUUGAAAUUAGGUGAUUAUUUUGGGCUCAUUGUCGAAGAAAACACCGAAAAAUUGCUUAAAAGAAAAGACACUUUUGCUGAAAUUACUGAUAAAUUUUAUCAACACGUCACUGUACCUUGCCAAGAAGCUUCUUUCUUUUCUCUGAUGCUAGAAAAAUUGUAUCAUCAACUUGCUAAUCAACGUCGUAUUAUUUGA